GGAUCAGCUGACUCUCCGGGCUGCGAGCCCCGCCGCCGCGCUCCUGCUCCGUCAGUUUCCUCGGCAGCAGUAGGCGAGAGCACCCAGAGCAGCGCUUUGCGGGGCCACCGGAGACGGCGAGGUCGGCGGAAGCACGAGCAAAGCAAGGGCGCGGCGGACCCCUCUGGCACAGCAACGCACUCGGUGUGCCCCGCGCAGGGUCGCGAUGCUCCCUGGUUUGGCACUGCUCCUGCUGGCCGCCUGGACGGCUAGGGCUCUGGAGGUGCCCACUGAUGGAAACGCUGGUCUGCUGGCAGAACCCCAGAUUGCCAUGUUCUGUGGAAAGCUGAACAUGCACAUGAACGUGCAGAACGGGAAGUGGGAGGCAGACCCAUCCGGGACCAAGACCUGCAUUGGCACCAAGGAGGGGAUCUUGCAGUAUUGCCAAGAAGUCUACCCUGAGCUGCAAAUCACCAAUGUGGUGGAAGCCAAUCAACCCGUGACCAUCCAGAACUGGUGCAAGAGGGGCCGCAAGCAGUGCAAGACCCAUGCCCGCAUUGUGAUUCCCUACCGCUGCCUUGUUGGUGAGUUUGUUAGUGACGCCCUUCUGGUUCCUGACAAGUGCAAAUUUCUGCAUCAGGAGAGGAUGGAUGUGUGUGAAACCCACCUUCACUGGCACACCGUCGCCAAAGAGACAUGCAGUGAGAAGAGUACCAACUUGCAUGACUAUGGCAUGCUGCUGCCCUGUGGAAUCGACAAGUUCCGAGGGGUGGAGUUCGUGUGCUGCCCGCUGGCUGAUGAGAGUGACAAUGUUGAUUCUGCUGAUGCUGAGGAAGAUGACUCUGAUGUCUGGUGGGGUGGAGCAGACACUGACUAUGCUGAUGGGAGUGAGGACAAAGUAGUAGAAGUGGCAGAGGAGGAGGAAGUGGCUGACGUUGAGGAUGAAGAAGCUGAGGACGAUGAGGAUGAUGAGGAUGGUGAUGAGGUGGAAGAAGAGGCUGAGGAACCCUAUGAAGAGGCUACAGAGAGAACCACCAGCAUCGCCACCACCACCACCACCACCACAGAGUCUGUGGAAGAGGUGGUUCGAGAGGUGUGCUCAGAACAAGCCAAGACGGGGCCAUGCCGAGCAAUGAUCUCCCGCUGGUACUUUGAUGUGACUGAAGGGAAGUGUGCCCCAUUCUUUUACGGCGGAUGUGGAGGCAACCGAAACAACUUUGACACUGAGGAGUACUGCAUGGCGGUCUGUGGCAGCGUCAUGUCCCAAAGUUUACUCAAGACUACCCAGGAACCUCUUCCCCAAGAUCCUGUUAAACUUCCUACAACAGCAGCCAGCACCCCUGACGCCGUGGACAAGUACCUGGAGACUCCUGGCGAUGAGAAUGAACAUGCUCAUUUCCAGAAAGCCAAGGAGAGACUUGAGGCCAAGCACCGGGAAAGAAUGUCCCAGGUCAUGAGAGAAUGGGAAGAGGCAGAACGUCAAGCAAAGAACUUGCCCAAAGCUGAUAAGAAGGCAGUCAUCCAGCAUUUCCAGGAGAAAGUGGAGUCUCUAGAGCAGGAGGCUGCCAAUGAGAGACAGCAAUUGGUGGAGACACACAUGGCCCGAGUGGAAGCCAUGCUCAACGACCGCCGCCGCCUGGCUCUGGAGAACUACAUCACAGCCCUGCAGGCCGUUCCUCCACGGCCUCGUCAUGUGUUUAAUAUGCUGAAGAAGUAUGUGCGCGCUGAGCAGAAAGACAGACAGCACACCCUAAAGCAUUUUGAACAUGUGCGCAUGGUGGAUCCAAAGAAAGCCGCCCAGAUUCGAUCCCAGGUGAUGACACACCUCCGUGUAAUCUACGAGCGCAUGAACCAGUCGCUCUCCCUGCUCUACAACGUGCCUGCAGUGGCCGAGGAGAUUCAGGAUGAAGUUGAUGAGCUGCUUCAGAAAGAGCAAAAUUAUUCAGAUGAUGUCUUGGCCAACAUGAUUAGUGAACCAAGAAUCAGUUAUGGAAAUGAUGCUCUCAUGCCUUCUUUGACUGAAACGAAAACCACUGUGGAGCUUCUGCCCGUGAAUGGAGAGUUCAGCCUGGAUGACCUCCAGCCCUGGCAUCCUUUUGGGGUGGACUCUGUGCCUGCCAACACAGAGAAUGAAGUUGAGCCUGUUGACGCCCGCCCUGCUGCCGACCGAGGACUGACUACUAGACCAGGUUCAGGACUAACAAAUAUUAAGACAGAAGAGAUCUCGGAAGUGAAGAUGGACGCAGAGUUCCGACAUGAUUCAGGAUAUGAAGUUCAUCAUCAAAAAUUGGUAUUCUUUGCAGAAGAUGUGGGUUCAAACAAAGGUGCAAUCAUUGGACUCAUGGUGGGUGGUGUUGUCAUAGCAACAGUGAUUGUCAUCACCUUGGUGAUGCUGAAGAAGAAACAGUAUACAUCUAUCCAUCACGGUGUGGUAGAGGUUGACGCGGCUGUGACCCCAGAGGAGCGCCACCUCUCCAAGAUGCAGCAGAAUGGCUAUGAAAAUCCAACUUACAAGUUCUUUGAGCAGAUGCAGAACUAGACCACCGCCACAGCAGCCUCUGAUGUUGGACAGCAAAACCAUUGCUUCACAACCCAUCGGUGUUCAUUCUUAGAAUAAUGUGGAAAGAAACAAACCUGUUUUCUUAUUUACUCAUUAUCGCCUUUUGACAGCUGUGCUGUAACACAAGUAGAUGCCUGAACUUGAAUUAAUAUACAAAUCAGUAAUGUAUUCUCUUCUCUUUACAUUUUGGUCUCUACACUACAUUAUUAAUGGGUUUUGUGUCCUGUAAAGAACUUAGCUGUAUCAAACUAGUGCAUGAAUAGAUCUCUCCUGAUUAUUUAUCACGCGUGGCCCCUUAGCCAGUUGUAUAUUAUUCUUGUGGUUUGUGACCCAAAUAAGUCCUAAUUGAAAUAUGCUUUAAGACUCGAUGGGGGAUGCUUCAUGUGAACGUGGGAGUUUAGCUGCUUCUCUUGCCUAAGUAUUCUUUUCCUGAUCACUAUGCAUUUUAAAGUUAAGCAUUUUUUUUAAGUAUAAAAGAUGAUUUUUGAGACUUUCUUUUCCACAGUUGCAUUUUACUGUACAGACUUUGCUGCUUCUGCUCUCAAUGUGAUACAGGAAUUCCGAGGAUACACGUUUAUGUCUUUGUGCCUGUUUUAUGUGCACACGUUAGGCAUUGAGAAUUGGAACUUUUUUGUCCAUGUAUCUUUGGAUCUUUGAUAAAAAAAAAGAAAAAGGAAAAAAUGAAGAAGAAUCCCUGUUCAUUAUAAGCACUUUUACUGGUGGAGGGAGGGGGGAGGGAGGCUCUGCUGGUCUCAAAUUACCAAUUCUAAAAAAAAAAAUUCUGCAGGAUAACUGUACAGAAGCAUUGCUUAUGACAUGAUAGCUUUCUACACUGUAUUACGUAAAUAAAUUAAAUAAAAUUACCCUGGGCUAGACUUUUCUUUGAAAGAUGACUUACAGACGUUAAACAUUCCAAGUAAUUUUUGGUGGUGGAAAAGGGGUGGAUUUUGUUUCUGUUAACCAAUCUAAAGCCUUUUGAUUAUGAUAUCAGGGAAGAUGGAAGAGAGAAAGAGUGAACCAAGGAAUGAGGAAGACAUGCAUGGACAAACCUUUCUUAAAGAUUUGUCUUCAAUUUGUAUAAACUGGUGUUUUCAUGUAAAUAAAUACAUUAUUGGAGGAGCA